AUGGUAGACGAGGCUCACGAGCGUAGUCUAAGCUCUGACGUGCUGCUGGGCGUGCUAAAAAAGAUUCGCAAACGCAGACCAGAGCUUAGGAUCGUGGUAAGCUCGGCGACUUUACAAGCGGAAGACUUCCUCAAUUUCUUCGAUGCAAAUGAUAGUCCUGGGGAUGGCCAGAAGGCUUCACCGGAGAGCACUGGGCAGAUUGUGAGUAUCGAGGGUCGUGCUCACCCCGUCGACAUACACUACUUGAGUCAGCCAUGCGAGGAAUACCUCGAGCGAGCCGUCAAAGCGAUCUUCGACAUACACACCUCCGAGCCUGAAGGUGACAUUCUGCUCUUCCUGACAGGCAGAGAAGAAAUUGAGACGGUCAUCGAGAUGAUUGCAGACCGCCUACCUUCGUUGCCCAAGGGAUCCGACACAAUUCUACCGCUGCCGCUGUAUGCCGGCUUGAGCACUGAGGCACAGAUGUAUGUGUUUGAGCCAGCUCCAGAUCACACGCGCAAGGUCAUAUGUUCUACCAACAUUGCUGAGGCAAGCGUGACCAUAGAUGGCAUAAUCUAUGUAAUCGACUGCGGAUUUGUGAAGCUGCGUGCAUACAACCCCAUAACUGGGAUCGAGACUUUGACAGCAACGCCAGUAUCAAAGGCAUCAGCGACACAGCGUUCUGGACGAGCUGGACGGACGAAGCCGGGAAAAUGUUAUCGUCUCUACACGGAAGCCGCUUUCUCUUCACUUGAUGACGCGACAGUACCGGAGAUUCAACGAUCGAAUCUAGCACCCAUGAUCCUACAGCUCAAGGCUUUGGGCAUUGACAACAUUGUUCGCUUCGGUUUCAUGACCUCGCCACCAGCUGAGCUCAUUCUCCGCGCGUUAGACCUCUUGUACUCACUAGGUGCACUGGACGAUUAUGCGAAACUCACAAAACCUCUUGGAGAGCGCAUGGCCGAGCUCGCGCUGGAACCAAUGCUGGCGAAAUGUAUGCUGUCUGCUCCCGCCUUUGGCUGCGUGAGCGAGAUGCUUACUAUAUGUGCAAUGGUGAGCCUUCAGGGAUCUGUAUGGUUUUCCCACGACAACAAGAAAGCCGAAGAGACUGCACGUCGAAAGUUUGCCGCCGAAGAGGGCGACCACCUCACUCUCUUGAAUGUCUAUCAAAGCUUCGUAACGAAGGGAAAGAAAGAUGCGAAAUGGUGCCAGCAGCACUAUUUAAACUUCAAGUCCAUGAGCCGAGCAGUCAGUAUUCGCAACCAGCUUAGGCGCAAUCUGGAACGCUUUGGAAUCGAUGUCAACGAGUCUCUGAGUCAAACCGACGUGCUGAGACUUGGUGGGAGGUCCAAGGAGGAGUCUAUUCGGAGGUGUCUGGCCAGCGGCUUCUUCGCAUAUGCUGCUCGCAUGCAGCCAGAUGGAACGUUUCGAACCGUUGACGAGACGACUGUGUUGCAUGCUCACCCAUCAAGCUUAAUGUUCAAUCGUAAAGCAGAUUGGGUCAUUUUCACAGAAGUCAUGGAGACUGGGAGUAAAACAUUCAUUCGCGACGUGACAAAGAUUGAGAAGAAUUGGUUACUGGAGUAUGCCCCUGAGUACUAUCGAAUCAAAGGUAGAUAG